AUGACCGACCAAAGCGGCACCUUAUUGUAUAGGUGGUACCAACAGGACUAUUAUUGUGAUUCCCGUCAAAAUGCGGUAAAUUUGUCGAAAAAUCUACGUCAGACAGUACAUUGCCACAAUCACAAUCCAGAGCCCAAACCCAUCGGCGACGAAGUCGCUUUUCUCGGUCUACGUGCCACGAACCCCUGCUCUCUCCUCAAGCCAUUUACUUUACCCCGUGAGCCCCGGGCAGUAACCCCAACGCCGCAACACUAUGCACCCUUCACGGCGACCGAUGUCGAACAAGCAAGGCUUAGAAGCACGCAAUCAGCAGGCUGCACGAGACGCGCUUCGAAGACGGCAGAAGGCAAAAAAGGCCAAACAAGUGAAACGCCACGUGCGCUACAAGGAAAAGAAGAAACUACUUAG